AUGUGUUCUUUAGGCCGAUGUGAAAGCUGGUUUGGGACUGGACCAGAGCCUGAGUCACAGGAAGCGCGGCAGUCGUUUCCAUCGCGACGGGAGCAGAGCGUGGUGGCCCGCCGCCCCGCGGUGCCUGUCCAGCCGGGGGCGCCUGCACCGCCCGAUGCAGCCCCUCCCACCUCCUCGCCCCACCCGGACAAAGUUGAGAGCAAGCCUUUGGUUCAAACUCAGAAGCCACCUUCCAAGAUCAAGAACCUCAGAAUGACUCGAUUCUUACAUAAGAGCGCCAACAACAGCAUCACUUCACUGCCUUUUGUGGGCACCAAGGGGAGGAAGACCAUGGUCAGGUUCCCACGCAUCAGCAGCAAAAUCCUGCUCGGGCCGCCCCUGCUGUACCAGGAGACUCAAGCUCACAAUCACAAGCCAGCCUCUGGGGUCAAGACUUCAGAACUGCCUUCCCUUUCGAACAUUAAAACCCAAGCUCCCAAGCCAGAGGAGAAGCCACUAAGGAAGCACAAGGUUCCUCUGACGGCGUCAGAGGCUCUAAAGUUUUUUAAGAAUCGGCUGUCUUCUUACGAGCAAAGUGAAAUCCUGGGCUACACAGAGCUGUGGUUCCUGGGGCUCGACGCUGAGAAGCUCCCCGCGACUCCUGGGAAACUCAACAAAACAAGUUUUGAUGAUGAACACGGCUCGUACAUGAAGGUCCUGCAUGACCACAUUGCCUACCGCUAUGAGGUUCUGGAGAUGAUUGGACAAGGGUCCUUCGGGCAGGUGGCCAAGUGCUUGGAUCACAAAAACAAUGAGCUGGUGGCCUUGAAAAUCAUCAGGAACCAGAAGAGAUUUCACCACCAGGCCCUGGUGGAGCUGAAAAUCCUGGAAGCUCUCCGAAGGAAGGACAAAGACAACUCCUGUCACGUGGUGCACAUGAAGGACUUUUUCUACUUCCGCAACCACCUCUGUAUCACCUUCGAACUUCUGGGAAUCAACUUGUAUGAAUUGAUGAAGAAUAAUAGCUUUCAAGGCUUCAGUCUGUCAAUAGUUCGGCGCUUCACCCUCUCUGUUUUGAAGUGUUUGCAAAUGCUUUAUGUAGAGAAAAUCAUUCACUGUGAUCUCAAGCCUGAGAAUAUAGUGUUGUACCAAAAGGGCCAGGUCUCUGUUAAAGUCAUUGACUUUGGAUCAAGCUGUUACGAACACCAGAAAGUAUACACCUACAUCCAAAGCCGUUUCUACAGGUCCCCAGAGGUGAUCCUGGGCCAUCCCUACAGCAUGGCCAUUGAUAUGUGGAGCCUGGGCUGCAUCAUGGCGGAGCUGCACACGGGCUACCCCCUGUUCCCCGGGGAGAAUGAGGUGGAGCAGCUGGCCUGCAUCAUGGAGGUGCUGGGCCUGCCCCCAACCCGCUUCAUCCAGAUGGCCUCCAGGAGACAGACCUUCUUUGAUUCCAAAGGUUUCCCUAAAAAUAUAACCAACAACAAGGGGAGAAAAAGAUACCCGGAUUCCAAGGAUCUCACCGUGGUGCUGAAAACCUAUGACACCAACUUCCUGGAUUUCCUCAGAAGGUGUUUGGUAUGGGAACCUUCUCUUCGCAUGACCCCUGACGAGGCUCUCAAGCAUGCUUGGAUUCAUGAGCCACGGAACUUCAGUCCACGGCCCAGGCUCCAGACCCCGAGGAAACCCAGUCUCUGUUUCCCUUCAGAGACCAGAAAGAGCAAGGUUCAAGGGCAUCUUCAGUUGGGCAAAAAAGCAGGUGUGAUCAUCAAAGAAGAGACUAUAGAAGAAAUGAAAGACAGCUCCACUAAGCAAGUUCAGAGUUCAGGUCAUCAGCAGGGCUCUCUCCAGCACACAGCUGAAGUUCAGCUGCCUCAUCUAGUUGAAGCUUCCAGAAAGCCAGAGGCAGUUGUUGGGCCAGAGGAGUCCAAGAGCUCCAUAGGACAAGAAAACAAGAGCUCCUGCCCUGAAGACACAAACAUUUUACCAUCUAUUAUAUGA